AAAAGUGGAACUAGAGAGUUAUAAGAUUUCUGUUGGUUAAUCUUUAAUAUUUUCUCUACCAGCUUGGCAUGUUAUAGUUUAUCUUUAAAACGUUGAUAAGUAAACCCGAAUAUAUUUUAGUCAAUUGAUCAACUCAGUUAACAUGUAGUGUGUAUAAAUUGUAAAUAAAAUACAGAUUGAAAAUAAUAUCUAGGAAUACCAUUAACUUCUAAAAUUAAUUAUCGUCCCAUGGGCGCUCAUAAAAGUUCCGCAUAUUUUCACAACGAAAUUAGAUUUUAGAGUUAUUUUCUUAGUUAUGGAUGAAAAACAUCAUGUUCGUGAAGUUCUUAUUGAUAGUUACUGCGAAUCUUAUUUUAUUUGGUGAAAUAACGUCUUCGAAAAUAAAAUAUUAUAAUAUUGAAGAUGAUGUGACCAUAGACAAAUUAGACUUGAGUAAGCUUAUAGAUUUAAUUACAAGGACAAAGGAAUUAUCAAAUAUAAGACGAAUGAAUAGAAAAAGAAAUGGAAAUGACGUGUUUAAUCAUUUGAAACAGAAAAUAGGCUCUAAACAAUUAAAGAAAUUACUGCGACAGGAUAAUGAGGGUACUACUGUUGAACAUCAUGAAGACGAAUUUGAAGGAUUAAUCGAAGAUGAACUUAAAAAUGCUUUAUCCCAAAAAUACUCAGCCCUUAUGGAUAGACCGUAUGUAGAGAAAAAAGGAAAAAAUGAUUUCCUUGUCCUACAUGCAGAUGUACAUGAUCCGUUUGUUACUGUAGUUCCAAAUGCAAUCUAUUACAAUGUUGAAAAAAAAUGUGUCAAUUGGUUGGAAGAUUGUAAUUUGCAAGGUCUUAGAGGCAGAUUAAUGCAAGUCGUUAACUCACCUUACAAAUAAAUCUCAUGAAAUUAU